AUGUCAUUGUCAGCAGUGGGAUCGGCAAACACUAAUGCACGAUCGUCCCGUAUUUCUUCGUCACAGGAAGUCAGUAUCUCCUCUCUGGUGAUCGUGUAUCGUUGCAAGCUUAAGCCUUCUGAUGUCCCUUUUCCAGCUGACGGUACGCGUCCUUUACACCUCGGUUCGCUGGCAUUCCGCUCAUAUUUACUCAUCUAG